AUGAUGGAAAGAAAGGAAAAGACAAAGGGAAGGGAUGAAGAGCUAAGCGAAGAAGAUGAGGAGGAUGACUCAGAAUAUGACAGGAGAGGGAAAGGCCGGGGAGGCAAAGCUGCUCAGGGAAAGAAAGGAGGGAGAUCUAGACGUGAGGAAUACUCAGAUGAAGAUGACGAGGAGGAUGAAGAUGAAGAAGAAGAUGAAGAGGAUGAAGAUGAUUAUGGAAAAUCCAAAAAAAAGACCAAAGACAAAGGAAAAGCUCAUGCCGAUGCAAAGAAGAAAAAAGGCAGAAAAAAAGAGGAAGCGCCACAGCUUCCAGUCAAGGAAAUUCCAAAGAAAGGUCUGAAGAACAUGUCCAGGAUGUUCAUGAAGUUUUCUGGUUUCAAGAGGCGCAGGAACAGUACAAAGAAGCUGAAAAGUACAUCACGCUUGUUCCUGGGUUUAGGGAAGCGGAAGUUUCGACUUGCUAAGAAGAAACGCCGAAAGUCAAUGCUGAAGAACACAUCUCGAUUCAUGAUGAGGUUCAAGGCCAGCAAAAAGGGAAAAAAGGAGAAAGAGGCCAAAGAGAAAGCAUCUGAUGGUAAAAAGCCAACCUACAUGCUGCUUCGUCUGGGAGGAAAUAAAGAAGCAAACGAGAAGAAGGGGGGCUUUUUUAAAAACUUAUUUCGGAAAAAGGAUGGUGACGAACCUUCUGAUGACUUCAAGAACAGAAGUGUGUUACUGGGUAAGGUUGCAGCAGCAACAAACUGGUUGACCAAGCGCUUCCUGUCAACUAAAAUGCGUGAAAAUUCCGGACACCAUGGCUGGGGGGGACGCAGAGCACAUAGCCGACAAGCCAGCUCAAGGCGUUAUCUCCAUGGUUACCAUAAUAAUGGUUAUGAGCAUGGUGAGGACGUUUAUGGGUAUGACCAGGGAUAUUCAAUUCAACAGAAAGGUUAUGAAGACUAUUAUGAUGGUUAUGGCAACUAUAGAGAAGAGGCAGCUGCAGCUUAUGAUGACCAGGGUCAGUUUGAUUACUAUGAUGAUGAGGCAGGGGGAGCAGACCAUCAAGACCUGGGAUACUAUGAGGAGGAUGGAUUUUAUGAUCCAAAUGCAGAAUAUUAUGAAGGUGGUCUUCAGGAGGAAGGCAUGGAAGACUACUAUAACCCGUAUUCAUCUGCUCAGGGCUACUAUAACAACCAGGAUCCAUAUGGUUACCAGCAACAACAGGCAGUGGCAAUGUAUGGGGAUGAGGAUCUAGACUAUUAUGCACUUAUGGGGGGGGACCAUAUGUAUGGGGGAGCCAUAGAUGGAUUCCUUGACCCUCAGGCUCAGGGUUAUUAUGAUCAAAAUGGUCAAGGAGUAUACUACAGUGACGGACAAGGAGCUUACAUCAAUAAUGGACUGGCAGGUUAUUAUGAGAACCCUUACACAACAACUAUGGGAAUGCAGGGGGGGCUUUCACCUGACUAUCCACUUAAUUAUAGUGAUGCUGGCAUUUCCUACCAAGAUUACAGCUCCCAGCAGGCAAUGGGAUUACCAUCAGGAGGCCAGCAGAACUUUGGCUUUGAUGGACAGGGGAUGGAUCAGCAGCAGAUGAUGACAGAUCCAAUGAUGAUGCCACAGGGUUAUGGCCCACCCAUAGUCCCUACUCCAACUGCCAUGAUUAUUAAGCAAGCAAACAUGUCUCCUCUUCCUUCUCGUCGUCUGCAACCCUCUCCAACUCCAUCCCGACGCUCUGUCAUCAUGCCCUCUCCCCAGUUGCAGCGCCAUCCCUCUGUCAUGGCAUCCCCAAAUGCCUCAGCGAUCACCAUCUCCUGUAGCCCGACGACCCUCCCCCCCACACUCUCCCCGUGCUUCUAUGAUAAGACGAAGUCCUCCACCUUCACCAAGAGCAUCAAUGAGGCAAAGAUCACCGCCUUCCUCACCUCGUGCUUCCAUGAGGAGGCGGAGCCCCCCACCAUCGCCUGCUCCUGCUCAUAG